GAGCUGCUCCCAGCCAGUCUCCACACACACACACACACACACACACACACACACACACACCUACACUCACACACACACAUACACACACACGCACACACACACCCACACAUUGCCGUGGUGGUUAGUCCGCCGCUGCCACCACCGUCGCCGCCGCAUGUGUCGGUGCGCUCACAGGUGGAUUGCAAGACCGUGGGCGACUGUAACCUUCAUGUCAUUGAUGGGGAGGACCACCAUGUAGAGGAGGCGAGCACCCAAUGGCAGCGAUGGGAAGCCACGCAUGGAGCGGGUCUGGACUGCAGCCGUGGUGAGCCUGAGCUCCGCAUCCUCCCUCGGAAAGGACCGGCGUGACCUUCUCAGGACUCGAACCACCGGGGCCGUCGGACGCUCACCUGGAAUUCCCCCCUCCACCUUUUUUUUAACAUAAGCUGCAUUUUUCCUUUUCUUCGUCGACAACUCUGAGACACAUCCCGUCCUCAUAGCAAUAAGAAACUGAAGUGGCAUCAUGGGGGACAUGUCCAACAGCGACUUCUACGCCAAGAACCAAAUAAACGAUGGCAACCACGCGGUGGGCUUCGGCUGCUCCCUCAUGGAGCUGCGCUCGCUCAUGGAGCUGCGCGGCACCGAGGCGGUGGUCAAGCUCCAGGAGGACUACGGCGGCGUGGAGGGACUGUGCGCCCGACUGAAAACCUCACCCACGGAAGGCCUGGAAGGUGUCCAAGAAGACCUGGACAAGAGGAAAGAAAUAUUUGGAAAAAACUUGAUACCUCCAAAGAAGCCAAAAACCUUACUGCAGCUGGUAUGGGAGGCCCUGCAGGACGUCACCCUCAUCAUCCUGGAGGUGGCAGCCCUCAUUUCCCUGGGCCUCUCCUUCUACCACCCGCCUGGAGAGAGCAACGGAGAGUCUUGCGGUGAUGCGGCGGCAGGCGUGGAGGACGAGGGCGAGGCAGAGGCGGGCUGGAUGGAGGGCGCCGCCAUCCUCCUGUCGGUGGUGUGCGUGGUGCUGGUGACUGCCUUCAAUGACUGGUCCAAGGAGAAGCAGUUCCGCGGGCUGCAGAGUCGCAUCGAACAGGAGCAAAAGUUCCAGGUGGUGCGUGGCAGCCAAGUCAUCCAGCUGCCCGUGGCGGACAUACUGGUGGGGGACAUCGCACAAAUCAAAUAUGGUGAUCUGCUUCCUUCCGACGGAAUCCUGAUCCAGGGCAACGACCUGAAGAUUGACGAGUCGUCGCUGACCGGAGAGUCUGAUCACGUGAAGAAGGCCGCUGACAAGGACCCCAUGUUGUUGUCCGGGACCCACGUAAUGGAGGGGUCAGGGCGCAUGGUGGUGACCGCGGUGGGCGUCAACUCUCAGACUGGAAUUAUCUUCACGCUGCUGGGGGCCGGCAUGGAGGAGGAGGAGAAGAAAGAAAACAAAGGAGGUGCACUGGAGGACGGACACCAGAACACAGACUGCUCGCAUCCCCCCAUCCACCCCAUCGCCACUAUUGCCACAGAUGGGGCGGCAGGCUUUAACGCCCCCGGCAGUGCCAACCUCAUUAAUGGUAAAAUGCAAGAUGGCAAUAUGGAGAGCAACCAGAUUAAAGUGAAGAAGCAGGACGGCGCUGCCGCCAUGGAGAUGCAACCCCUGAAGAGCGCCGAGGGAGGCGAGGAGGAGAAGGAGCGGAAGAAGGUGUCCAUCCCCAAGAAGGAGAAGUCUGUGCUGCAAGGGAAGCUUACUAAGCUGGCCGUUCAAAUCGGCAAAGCAGGGCUGCUCAUGUCGGCCGUCACAGUCAUCAUCCUGGUCCUGUACUUCACCAUCGACGCCUUCGUCAUCCAGAAGCGUCCCUGGCUGCCUGAGUGCACUCCCAUCUACAUCCAGUACUUUGUCAAGUUCUUCAUCAUCGGUGUCACCGUGCUGGUGGUGGCCGUGCCCGAGGGUUUGCCGCUGGCCGUCACCAUCUCCCUGGCCUACUCUGUCAAGAAAAUGAUGAAGGACAAUAAUCUGGUGCGCCACCUGGACGCGUGCGAAACAAUGGGCAACGCCACCGCCAUCUGCUCGGACAAGACGGGCACGCUCACCACCAACCGCAUGACGGCGGUGCAGUGUUACAUUGGAGACGUGCACUACAAGGAGAUCCCCGAGCCGGGGGUCCUGCCGCCCAAAUCCCUUGACCUGCUCGUCAACUCCAUCUCCAUCAACAGCGCUUACACCACCAAGAUACUGCCUCCAGAUAAGGAAGGCGGUCUGCCCAAACAGGUGGGCAACAAGACGGAGUGCGGCCUGCUGGGAUUGGUGUUGGACCUAAAGCGAGAUUACCAGCCCAUACGGAACCAGAUCCCGGAGGAGAAGCUCUACAAAGUGUACACCUUCAACUCCGUCAGGAAGUCCAUGAGCACCGUCAUCAAACUGCCCGACGGAAGCUUCCGCAUGUACAGCAAGGGAGCGUCGGAGAUUGUCCUCAAAAAAUGUAACCACGUCCUGAACGAGGUGGGUGAGCCCAGGGUUUUCCGUCCGCGUGACAAGGACGAGAUGGUGAAGAAGGUGAUCGAGCCCAUGGCCUGCAAUGGUUUGAGGACCAUCUGCGUGGCUUACCGGGACUUCUCCAGCAACCCUGAGCCCAACUGGGACGACGAAAACAACAUCCUCAGCGACCUCACGGCCAUUUGCGUCGUCGGGAUCGAAGACCCCGUCCGGCCGGAGGUGCCAGAUGCCAUUCAGAAGUGCCAGCGUGCGGGCAUCACGGUGCGCAUGGUGACCGGGGACAACAUCAACACGGCGAGGGCCAUCGCCAUCAAAUGCGGCAUCAUCCAUCCCGGAGAGGACUUCCUCUGCAUCGACGGGAAAGAAUUCAACAGGAGGAUCCGCAACGAGAAAGGAGAGGUGGAACAGGAGCGGAUCGACAAAGUUUGGCCAAAACUUCGCGUCCUCGCCAGAUCUUCCCCCACAGACAAGCACACGCUGGUCAAAGGCAUUAUUGACAGCACGGUAGUCGAGCAAAGACAGGUAGUGGCCGUGACAGGUGAUGGCACCAAUGACGGUCCAGCCCUGAAGAAAGCUGAUGUGGGCUUCGCCAUGGGUAUCGCGGGUACUGACGUGGCCAAGGAGGCGUCGGACAUCAUCCUCACCGACGACAACUUCAGCAGCAUCGUCAAGGCGGUGAUGUGGGGCCGCAACGUCUACGACAGCAUCUCCAAGUUCCUGCAGUUCCAGCUCACCGUCAACGUCGUCGCCGUCAUCGUGGCGUUCACGGGCGCCUGCAUCACACAGGAUUCCCCCCUGAAGGCGGUGCAGAUGUUGUGGGUCAACCUGAUCAUGGACACCUUCGCCUCCCUGGCCCUGGCCACCGAGCCGCCCACAGAGUCUCUGCUCAGAAGGAAGCCGUACGGACGUAACAAGCCCCUCAUCUCCAGCACCAUGACCAAGAACAUUCUGGGCCACGGAGUCUAUCAGCUCAUCAUCAUCUUUCUUCUUCUCUUCGUCGGUGAGCAGAUAUUCGACAUCGACAGCGGCCGCAACGCGCCUCUCCACGCGCCUCCGUCGGAGCACUACACCAUUAUCUUCAACACCUUUGUCAUGAUGCAGCUCUUUAAUGAGAUCAACGCCCGCAAGAUACACGGCGAGCGCAACGUCUUUGAGGGCAUCUUUAGGAACCCCAUCUUCUGCUCCAUCGUUUUUGGCACCUUCGCUGUACAGAUAGUGAUUAUUCAGUUCGGAGGGAAACCAUUUAGCUGCCAACCUCUGGACGUGGAGAAGUGGAUGUGGUGUGUUUUCCUCGGCUUGGGGGAGCUCGUCUGGGGGCAGGUGAUCGCGACAAUACCGAACAGCAAGCUGCGCUUCCUGCGGAGAGCGGGUCAGCUCAGCCAAAAGGACGAGCUACCGGAGGAGGACCUCAAUGAAGACGACGAGGAGAUCGACCACGCCGAACAGGAGCUGAGGAGAGGGCAGAUCCUCUGGUUCCGAGGACUCAAUCGCAUUCAGACUCAGAUCGAAGUAGUCAACACCUUCAAGAGCGGCACCUCCUUUCAGGGGGCGGGGGCACUGAGACGCCAGUCGUCCACCACCAGCCAGAACCAGGAUAUCCGCGUGGUGAACGCAUUCCGCAGCUCCCUCUACGAAGGCCUGGAAAAGCCCGACUCCAGGACCUCCAUCCACAACUUCAUGACCCAGCCCGAGUUCAGGAUAGAGGACUCCACGCCCAGCAUCCCGCUCAUCGACGACACGGACGACGACUCGGCUCGCCGGAGGAGGAAGUUCUCCAGUCAGCCGUCGUCGCCCAACAAGAACAACAACGCCAUCGACAGCGGCAUCAACCUGACCAUCGACACCAGUAAAUCGGCGGCGUCCUCCAGCCCCGCCAGUCCUUUGCACAGCUUGGAGACCAGCCUCUAACCUCCUCAUUUGACCUUUGAACUGGAAACACCGCCCCCCCACCACCGUAUCUCCCACCUGACCCCCCCCCCCCCUCUCUCUCUCACUCUCUCUCUCUCUCCGUCCCGGAAGUAAGAUACAAUCAAGAGAAGAUGAGGACGCCGCAGCCAUCUUGCAGGGGUGGAGGAGGUGAUGGCGAGGAGGAGGAGGAGGAAGGACACGCGCUCCUCGCUCCUCAUCCACAUUGAUAGGAUUGUUAUUAUAUUCACAUUAUUAUUGUUAUAUUAUUAUUGUUGCUCCUGCAUGAAUGUACCGCCGUUUAUUUAAAAAGUUUUUUUUUCCAUUUGGAUUAUUUUGUAGUGGCGAGCAGCAGACUCAAGACUUAAAGCUCUUCUUCUUCUUCUUCUUCUUCUCCUUCUUCUCCUUCUUUUACUUCUCAUCCUCCUCCUUCUUCUUCUUCUCCCUCUUCUUCUUCUUUUACUUCUCAUCCUCCUCCUCCUCCUUCUUGUUUUACUUCUCAUCCUCCUCCUCCUCCUUCUUCUUCUCCUUCUUCUUUUACUUCUCAUACUCCUCCUUCUUCUUCUUCUCUUCUUCUUCUACUUCUCAUCCUCCUCCUUCUUCUCCUUCUUCUUCUUCUUUUACUUCCCAUCCUCCU